UGGUCAAGCAUUUCGAGCGACGUGGUUGGUCGAGAGGUAGGCAGCGACGACAUCAUGGACGGUCUGGGCUUUGCGAAGAUUCAUGUGAGUAGCGGAAGAGACGGGAUGAAUACAGGAAUUGGCUAGGAUGAGGGACGUUUGACAUCCUGGGAUCAUGUUGUUUGAUCACGAGGUUGAGAUGAGAAAGAGUUGGUUGACCACAGUGUAAGUCCUACUCCUGCAUAUUGUCCAUCCCCAAACAUCCUGGGAAUAUUGUUUGAGGUCACAACAAUGUCCUUCUGGAGUCACUAUCCUUCUCAAACGUCUCGGACUUCACAACUGGUAUCUCAUCUCCAGUUCCUUCUCAAGCAGCACUUCCGAGAUUGGCUUUGGGAUGUCUUAGAUGCUUGUGAAUCUCCAAGCAGUCACUGAAAGCAGCAUCCUUGGCAUCGGUGUUGUACUAAGACCUAGGGUCGGGGCUAACGCAGGAGUCCAACACAGUAACAUCUGUGAUCAUAUAUACAUUGAGCUCCUCCAUUCACGCAACUUCGAUUCAAUUCUUCCCCUUCAUAUCUUGCACCAACACAGUCAGCCCCAAAGAUCAGCUACAGUUUUCGCAAUCACAAUGGAUCCCGCCUCUUUACACCAGGUCAUCAUAUGCCUCCUCAUCCUUUUUGUCGCCAUCUUCAACUCCAGAGCCAUCACCAACAUUAUACGCCACGCCGUCGUCGACAUUGUCUUUCUUCCAUUCCUUAUAGCCAGAGAUCUCAUUGCAGCUUUCGAGCUUCUAUUGGCAUCUCACGAGGCUAAAGCCAUUGCAAGAGCUUUGUUGACCGUCGCCGUUGUCCUCGGAAAGUUCAUUCUUCUUGCUUUCUGCCUCCUCUACUGGGUCAUCAUGUCAACUCCGAGCAAAGACGACGAAGGCCCGGUCAAGGCUGAAGAAGAUGGUCAUCCAUCAAAGUCAAACAACGAGCCCCACCACUGCCAACCCAACAACGAGCCCACGCUUGAUAAGGAGGUUCUCGACAAGGAGAUUCUUGGCGAUAACAACUCUGAGCUCGUCUUUCCACAUGACAACUCUAUCCAGCCCGAUUUUCCACUUCCCGCCUGGAUAGAAGACUUUAACCCUUGCGAAGUCUUUCUUCCCAUGCCACCCAGUUCUACUCAAGACAAUCUCCAAGCACAGAUAUCCUUCUCUGAGCAAAAGGCCGCCAUCUUCCACGACUUGGCCGAAGCUAUCGAAACGCGUGACCGAUACAUCAAGGAGAAGUCUGAGCUAAAAUCUGCUGAAGGAUUUGAGGAAUUGUUUGAGGCAAAGCUUUCGUAUUUCAAUGACUGCAUUACUGUCUGGGAGGAUGUUGUGCAGGAGUGCCAAAAACAGUACAAGAAGUUUGCUGAUGCGGCAUGAUUUCGACGGUCAAAGUCUGUCCCAGCUAUGCUUGCGUGAGGUUCAUGUUUCCGCU